AACACCAGAGCGCUGUAGCUUCCUUUCUUUCUCCCUCCCCAAUCUCUCUCUCUCUCUCUCUCUUGCUCUUUCUCUCCUCGAGAACUCUAGCUUCAAUGGAUGUUAAUCAAUCUAGCAUUGGAAAGUCUGACGAGCAAAUGAUGUGGAGCUUAGAUGACCAUUGGGGUUCAGGUAUUGCGAGGUCUUAUAUUUGUUCUUUCUGCAAGAAAGGCUUCUCAAACGCACAGGCAUUAGGAGGUCACAUGAAUAUCCAUAGAAAAGAUAGAGCAAAGCUUAGAGAAGCCUCUGAUGAAAACCUGCUUUCCUUGGACAUCACAAAGUCGAUGAAUCCUGCUAAUCCUGCUGAUCAUCCUCAUCAAGUUUCUGAAGACAAAAAUCUUCUUGUAUUAGAAUCUAGCGAAGAAGGAAGCAGUGUCCCUAAGACAUCCUAUUCUCUUUCUUUAGAAGAUGACGCUGGAACUCCUGGAAACAAAGGCGCAACCUUUUCAGCAGAUGCGAAGGUGGGUAAUUGGCCUGAUGGUGAUGAAGAUAAGAAUAUGCAAUUGAGCCAUCGACCCACGGCACAGAUCAUCGAACUAGACCUGGAGCUUAGGUUAGGGCCCGAGCCUCAUGAAACAUCAUCAACGAGGAAUACCAGAGAAUUCUUCUGAGAGUCUAUUAUUGCACCUGCUGGACGAAAUCUACUGGCUCAUGGAGAGGUUUUUUUUUUCUUUUGUUUUUUCUCUGCCUUAAUUCCUUUUUCUACACUAAGAAAUUUUAACAUGUCCACUUUUGAGGACAUAAAUGAGUAGUAGUUCUUACCUCCAGCUUCUUACAACU